AUGUUACACAUCCAUUGCAGCGGCACGCCAUACGAGGUAAGACACCACUCCAGCCAGAGCAAAAACAGCAUAUCCCGAAAGAAGAAAAAAAAACAUCUCUAAACCUUCCCAGAUCGGCCUCAAACACGGCCGCGAAGCGAAACUCCAAAUCUCCCGUACCAUUGCCUUCUACACCUGGAUGUUCCACUCCACAGCGCAAAUGACCUGGCCGCGCGUCCGUGACCUCGCCCUGGCCUUCCAGCCCACCCUCCUCAAGAAAUGGCCCGCGUUCCUCGAGGAGAUCUCCGGAAUAGCCCAAGGCGCCGGCGUCGACAUCGCCGACAUCAUCGCCAUCAACGUCCGGACGGAAAUCGCCUUCGGGCUGUUCAGCGAUGGAUGCACGGCGUUGUCUUGGAAAGAAACCGGAUCGGAGAGCAGCAGCAGCAGCAGCAGCAGCAGUUGGCUCGCGCAGAAUUGGGACUGGAAUCCUCGCCAGAAAGAAAAUGUAAUCUGUCUCACGAUCUCACAAGCUCCCAAACCGAAGAUCAAAAUGUUAACCGAGGCGGGGCUGAUUGGCAAGAUUGGAUUCAAUGAUUCCGGCGUUGGCGUCUGUCUGAAUGCCAUCCGGGCGAAGGGGAUGGAUCCGAGCCGCUUGCCGUGUCAUUUGGGCUUGAGGAUGGUGCUGGAGAGUACCUCGAGAGCGCAAGCGGUCGAGCGAUUGGAGAAGUACGGCGUGGCGAGUGCGUGCCACAUGCUCGUUGCGGACGCGGUGGAGGGGGGUGUCGGGUUGGAAUGGUCUUGUAUGGACCUGAUCAAGAUUCCUCAGAACGCGACGACGGGACAGGUUUUCCAUUCGAAUCAUUAUCUGGAAACGCAUCGGGGUGUUGAAGACACGAAUUGGCUCAGUGAUUCGGAGUUCCGGGUCAGGAGGAUUGGAGAGCUGUGUGGGCGUGUUGGAGAGCCUGUCACGAUGGAGAAAUUGCAGGGAGUCUUUCAGGAUGAGGCGAAUUUUCCGGGAUCGAUUUGUCGGCAGGCGGAAGGGGGGAGUACGUCUGCCACGUUGUUUAAUAUUGUGAUGGAUCUGGGUAGGAAGCGGGCGGAGGUGAGGGUGGGUAGGCCUGUGGCGCCUGAUGAGAGCUUUGUUUUGGAAUUUUGA